AACUACCUAACAGUUUUAUAUAAGUAGAGCUACCGUACCACACACCGAUAAAUUAGCAUUUAACAAUAAAUAAGCAGCGUUGUUAAGUUACCUCAGAUUUGACAAGCCCACGACGAUGGUGGCAGCUGCACAGUUUUUUGUCACAACCUCAAUCAUUUCAAAGCGACAUCAAACAUACGGAAUCCUUUUCAUCAAUCCUGAAGUCAAUGGUUGCACAUACCACAUCUACAUAAGGCUCAUAGAGUUUACCUAACAUCUCAGUUGGGAAUCACCAGUUGUACUAAACGCGGAAAAGACAAGAUAGAGCUAAAAUGUUUGUGACAAAGUGCCUCCUAGCGGCAAGCCUUCUAGUGUGUGUGGUGGCUCACGUGAAGCGCGACGCCGACACCAAGUCCACUUCAUCACCGCUCAUCCUGGACCUCAACCAGUUCAAGAAUCACAUGGACGAGUUCCGCGGCUGCGUGGACAAGCAUCUGGCUAAUGUGGUGGGCGGGGUGCAGGAGAAUCAGCUCCAGCCCGUUCUGAGUGUUAUUGGCGACCAGGUCAAUAGGCUGGCUAAAGCGUGGGACGUGUUGACGGCGCCCCAGAGCACUACACCCACAGUAUCUGAAGACCGGAAAUAGACCCUAUUAUGAAGAUUUGAAGACCGAGAUUGCGUUCACAGUUGCUACAAUAAAUGAUAGGAAAAUAAAUAAAUAUAAUAAAAAAAUUGUACACCCCAAUUA